AUGUCGAGAGGGAGCAGUGCCGGUUUCGACAGAUUUAUAACUAUAUUUUCUCCCGAAGGCCGCUUGUAUCAAGUCGAGUAUGCUUUCAAGGCCAUCAACCAAGGUGGCUUAACAUCUGUAGCAGUACGAGGCAAAACUAAUGCUGUUGUGGUCACACAGAAGAAAGUUCCAGAUAAGCUGUUGGAUUCUGACACUGUGACACACCUGUACCCACUGACAGACACCAUUGGUUGUGUUAUGACAGGGAUGAUUGCUGACAGCAAAUCUCAGGUGCAGCGGGCCCGAUAUGAAGCAGCCAAGUGGAAGUACACGUAUGGUUAUGAUAUACCAGUUGAUAUGCUUUGCAAGAGGAUAGCUGAUAUCAACCAGGUGUACACACAGAGUGCCGAAAUGAGACCACUGGGCUGUUGCAUGAUUCUGAUUGGCUAUGAUGAAGAGCUGGGACCUCAAGUAUACAAGACUGACCCAGCUGGUUACUAUUGUGGGUUCAAGGCCACAGCAGCUGGGGUCAAGCAGCUGGAAGCAAACAGCUUUCUGGAGAAGAAGAUCAAGAAAAAGAAUGAAUUCACAGACAGUGAAGCUGUUGAGAUUGCAAUCACCUGCCUGUCCACUGUUUUGUCCGCUGACUUCAAAGCCUCAGAGGUUGAAGUUGGCCUCAUUUCCAAGGAUGAUCCUAAAUUUAGAAUCCUGACAGAAAAGGAAAUAGAUGUGUACCUGGCGGCUAUUGCAGAGAAAGAUUAA